CGUUAAAACCCCCGCGCGUCCAUGCCCCAUCCGCUCCUCCCUCUACGAGGUUAACCAGGCAGCCAUCCAGCCAGUUAACCUCUCUUGCCCAUUUUGUUGCCGCUGCUCGCGAGUCGGCAACUCGGUUGGCCGUCCUCCUCGCUUCUCGCCGGCCGAUCGAGAGCUCGGUGGAUAGAUAGCUAGGCCGCUGCAGCCAUGGCGCACGGGAUCAUCGGAAGCUACCACCACUCCGUCGUGGCCAUGCUCGCGCACGUGCUGUUCCUGACCACCGCCGUCCUCAUGCUCGUCUGGCUGCUGCAUUACCGGGGCGGCAUCAACAUACGGUCCGAGGACCCCGACCAGAUUUUCAAUGUCCAUCCAUUUGUGAUGAGCUGGGGGUUCAUUCUUCUUAUUGGAGAAGCUAUCCUGGCGUACUCUACGAUCCCGAUGGACCACCGGACGCAGAAGAUGGCGCACAUGCUGAUCCACCUGGUGGGCCUCAUCCUGGGUAGCUUCGGCGUGUACGCGGCGUUCAAGUUCCACGACGCGGUCGUGGCGCCGGACCUGGUGAGCCUCCACUCGUGGCUCGGCAUCACCGCCAUCUCCCUCUUCGGCCUGCAGUGGCUGUUCGGCUUCGUCACGUUCUGGCUCCCCGGCGCCGCGCAUGACCGGACGCGGGCCGCCGCGGUGCCCGUGCACGUCAUGGCCGGGCUCGCCAUCUUCCUGCUGGCCGUGUGCGCGGCGCAGACGGGGCUCGUCCAGAAGAGCGCCGGGGCCGCGUCCACCGGCGAGACCAAGCUCAUCAACGUCACGGGGGUGUUCAUCCUCCUCUACGGGGUCGCCGUUGUGUCCGUAGUCGCGCUGCGCAAGGAGUUCUUGUAGGCGGCGCGCCGGCUGGAGUGCGCAUUUCUUUGAUCGAUCUGGCUGGCCUUCACCGUUGAUGACACGGUUGGUAUUGAUUUGUACAUGCAAAGUGAGCUUGGGUGGUUUGCGUGGUGAUGGUGUGCAUAAUGUGUGAGUUUUCAGCGACAUUUGUAUUCGAUGCCUUCAUCGAGACCUUCCAAAAAGCAUCUGUGUUUGUCACUCGUGAUUGCUUCCAACAUCUGGCUCGAAUAGCGUCCGCUUCGAAAUUCCAAUCCCAAGCAAACGAAUGGGCCGAGCAAAGCGCAGAAGCCUUCUGGCCCGGAAAAAACUUCUCGAUCCUGUAAAACCCGAUAGGCUGUGGCCCAUAGAUAAUCCGACCCA